CUGCUGAUGAUUACUCAACUCUCCUGUUCGUGAUUUGCCUAUAAGACACACCAUCACGCCUGAGACAACAUAUUGAGAAAUAAAGUCUUCAGAGAGAAAACGCGUCUCAGAAGGUGGAGGGAGAGGGUAACUCUGCCCCUCAGGAGCCCCAAGUGACUGAUCUGCUUGUGCCUAGAUUUUCAUUCACCUGCGUAUGCUUCCAGUAUCAUAUCAAGUUCUUGAAGGAUACCUGGAGUCAAGUUGGAUGCCAUCAGUAAAGAUGAAGACAAAGUCCAGCACACCUUGUCUGAAAGAUAAAAAUGGUCUUCAAAUCUGCCAAAAAUCAAGUGUCAUAUACAAGAAUCCUCUCUCCCAUGUUAAAGUUGGUAAAAAAGAAGAAGUUAUUGAUUUGUUUCAAGGACAACAUGAUGGUUCAUACUGCAAUGGAGUAUACUCGGAUGGUUUCGGAAGAGAUAAAGGUCAUGCUGAUGAAUUGCUUAAUGGAGAUGAUCCUCCACUUGAAUGUAAACAAUUACCCACAAGUGAUUCCACAACUGCUGGCAGCAUGGAUUCUACAUCGACAACCUGCACGUCAAGCUCGGAGACAAUUUUUUCUCCUAUUCUGGAGUCCAUUGAUGUUCAUAGUGUGUCAAAUGUCAGAAGUGACGGAGGGAGCAAUGAUCUUUAUCUUCCAUUGUUGGAGACAGAAGAUAGUGAUAGCAGUAGAAGCUCAUGUGAAUAUAAUUCGUGCAACAUAUCGGAUUUCUACAUUUCUGACAUAAUUGCUUCGGGCUUACCUGCUGCUGAUGGAAUAACCUAUGAUGAUGAUUCAUUAACCAUGUUUUUCUCUGAUUAUAAAUGUGAAAUACCAAACAUGUUUACUAACAUGGCUGAGGAUGACAUGGUGUUUCCUUUUCUUGAACAUACUCCUGAAGCUGUUCAUGGCAAUGAUAAUAGAACACGCACCGAAAAUGUUACUGGUUCUGACCAAUCUAGCUUAUAUAUGGCAAUCCACCAAUUAAGAUCAUCUGAUCAAGAAACUGAUGUUUUUGCACACUGUGAAUCGGAUCAAUCUAAUGUCUUUGAUCCACACAUGUUUAUUAGACACAUUCCAGAUGGGACAGAUGUGGUAAAGCCAACUAUAUUGCCAAAUACAUUUGAGAGGAGAAAGCCAGUCACCCUAGUGCUAGAUCUGGAUGAAACACUUGUCCAUUCUACGCUGGAAGAAUGCAAUGAUGCGGACUUCACAUUUCCAGUCUUUUUCAACAUGAAAGAUCACAUUGUAUAUGUGAAACAGAGGCCACAUCUUAGGCCAUUUCUGGAGAGAGUUGCAGAUAUGUUUGAAAUUGUAAUAUUCACAGCAAGUCAAAGCAUUUACGCAAAACAGCUACUGGACAUACUGGAUCCUGACGGAAAAUAUAUUUCAAGGCGAGCUUAUCGUGAAUCAUGCAUCUUUUCCGAUGGUAGCUACACUAAAGACUUGACAGUGUUGGGCGUUGAUCUCGCGAAAGUUGUAAUAAUUGAUAAUUCCCCGCAGGUUUUCAGGUUACAAGUGAACAAUGGCAUUCCUAUUAAGAGUUGGUUUGAUGACCCUUUUGAUUCUGCACUAAUUUCACUUCUGCCAUUUCUUGAGACAUUGGCAAAUGCAGAUGAUGUUCGUCCUAUCAUUGCUGAGAAAUUUGGUAACAAGGAAUAAGAGUUACGUUCGCAGAUCCUUUAACAGAUCAUUGUCUUUUCCAUCCAUUUAAAAACAUUUAGGUGCUUAUUUUUUAGUCCACUUUGAGUUUUGAUAUUAAUUAAAAAAAUCAAAUAAGAAUAUUACCUCUCUUCUGCUUGCAUCAGUUUCAGCGUUUACUUCUUUAGCUCAACUCGUUGACAAGAUUUUUGUGAGUUCAUCUAAUUGUUGCAGAUGGUAGUUGGCAAUAGUUCAUUGGUCUGUGCAAUAUGUACAGUUAAAGAUUCUUAUGAAAACAGUUAUAGGUUCUCAUUCCUUUACAAGUUUGUGUAUAUCAGUAUUCUAUCAUUUAUUUUAUGCAAUGAAUUUUGUGGCCUUCCGGAUCUGCAUCUGAUUGAUUCUUCACUUUUACAUGUGUGUAUACUAAGUGAGGCUUUGAAUAUCUUAUUCUAACCUGAUGUGUACAACUUUACCUCUAACCUGGAACAAAUCUUUACAUCUUCAUUUUCUUUGGGAAAUCAAAUUUGGGGGCUACAUAGUUGAUAUUGUUUUAUGAAAUUAUUAUAUACGCGCCCCUAUUUCUGAAUUGAGGGUUCAGAUCUGAAAUCAUCGAUUGGUAGAAUGUGGUUCUUGAUUUCUCGCAGGUAAAUGAAUUUAGAUUGUUGGCAAUUUUAAAGCUCUAAUAGAAUUGUUUAGCACCGAGUGGAUUAAUUAUAGCCCCUCCUAGUUUCUGCCUCCAUCAACCUGUUCCAUCUCUGCUAUCGAUCUUGUUUAAUUAAUGGCAGGUCAUAUAACAAAAGCUUGCUAAGACAUUAAGAUUCCUGUUUAUGCUGUUAACGGCAAGAAAAAGACGACGGGUUUGGGGAUCAAUGGACCUGAUAGCUAUGAUAUUUUAGUAAUAAAUCUGGUGUGUCCUCUUUUGGACUUUUUACAGUUUUGAAUCCAUCAUCUGCAGGUCCUUUGGAGAUACCUAUUGUUUUGACCUCGAAGUGGACUAAUAUUAGGUAUGCCAUAUACAUUUUUGAAUUUGUUUUCUCCAACUUUUGCACAACCGGAAGGAAUAACAUGCAGCAAUAUUUUCUGCCUGCUCCAUCUGCUGCCCCUCCCCUUUUUCGUGUUUUCUGAACAAGUUUCCCCUUUUUGUUUAAGAUCUAGAGAAAACUCAAUUCAAGUUGUGGGAAAUUUUAUAGCAUUAUACUCUUUCCUCGCGCUGUUUAGGUCAAUGUGUCUAUUGUGUAAUGCUAACUUAUAAGUUUGUUGUUUGGCGUGUGUGUCAUCUGGGGCAAUGCGUUUAAUAAAACUCUUAUUUCUGUCCAUGAGAUUGUAAAAACGACUGUUGCUUUCAUUGAGGAGCAGUGUAAUGAUGAAACAUUCUUGAAUCUUGUC